GGGAAAAGACGGUGCCUGGGAGGAGCUAGAUCGGCCGGGAAGCUGCUGGCUCCCCGGCUGUCCCUGCGUAGGCCUGCGCUGCCGCGCGCCAUCCCGGCUCCCGCCCGCCCUCGGGCCUCCCCGGCCGGCUCACCAGUCAAGCCCCACUGCUGACAAGUGACGCUGACCCAGCCAGCGAAGCACUCUGGCGACCAUGGCCAAGAAAAGGAUUGCUGUCAUUGGAUCAGGAGCGAGCGGGCUCACCUGCAUCAAGUGCUGCCUGGAAGAGGGCUUAGAACCUGUCUGCUUUGAAAGGUCUGGUGACAUCGGAGGACUGUGGAGGUUCCAGGAAAGCCCUGAGGAAGGAAGGGCCAGUAUUUACAAAUCUGUGGUCAUCAACACCUCCAAGGAAAUGAUGUGUUUCAGUGACUACCCCAUCCCAGAUCAUUACCCUAACUACAUGCACAACUCCCAGGUCCUAGAGUAUUUCAGGAUGUACGCCAAAGAAUUUGACCUUCUCAAAUAUAUCCAAUUCAAGACUACCGUAUGCAGCGUGAAGAAGCAGCCUGAUUUCUCUACCUCAGGCCAAUGGCAGGUGGUCACUGAGUGUGAAGGGAAGAAGCAUGUAGACGUCUUCGAUGGAGUCCUGGUUUGCACAGGUCAUCACACAGAUCCUCACCUGCCCCUGGAAAGCUUUCCUGGAAUUGAAAAGUUCAAAGGAAAGUACUUUCACAGCCGAGAAUAUAAGAACCCAGUGGAAUUCACUGGGAAAAGGGUCAUUGUAAUCGGCAUUGGGAAUUCUGGAGGGGAUCUGGCUGUAGAGAUCAGCCACACAGCCAAGCAGGUAUUCCUCAGUACCAGGAGAGGAGCUUGGAUCUUGAACCGUGUAGGAAAGCAUGGAUAUCCUAUUGAUAUUCUGAUAUCUUCUCGAAUUAUGUACUACUUGUCAAAGAUCUGUGGCUCAUCAAUAAAAAACAGAUUUAUGGAGAAACAGAUGAACCAAAGGUUUGAUCAUGAAAUGUUUUGCCUGAAGCCUAAACACAGGGCUCUGAGUCAGCAUCCCACGAUAAAUGAUGACCUGCCCAAUCGUAUCAUUGCUGGCUUGGUGAAGGUGAAAGGAAAUGUGAAGGAGUUCACAGAGACGGCUGCCAUAUUUGAGGAUGGCUCCAGGGAGGAUGACAUUGAUGUGGUCAUCUUUGCCACAGGCUACAGCUUUGCCUUUCCUUUCCUUGAGGACUCUGUCAAAGUAGUCAAAAACAAGGUGUCCUUGUACAAAAAGGUCUUUCCAGCUAACCUGGAAAAACCAACUCUUGCGAUCAUUGGUUUAAUUCAGCCCCUGGGAGCCAUCAUGCCUAUUUCAGAGCUCCAAGGACGCUGGGCCACUCAAGUGUUCAAAGGGCUAAAGAAAUUGCCCUCGCAAAGUGAAAUGAUAGCAGAAAUAAAUAAGGCUCAAGAGGAAAUGGCAAAAAGGUAUGUGGACAGCCAGCGUCAUACCAUCCAGGGAGACUAUGUAGACACCAUGGAAGAGAUUGCAGAUUUGGUGGGUGUCAGGCCCAGUAUCCUGCCUCUGGUCUUCACUGACCCCAAGCUGGCAUUACAGUUACUACUGGGACCCUGUACUCCAGUCCAUUAUCGCCUUCAGGGCCCUGGAAAGUGGGCUGGAGCCCGGAAAACUAUUCUCACCACAGAAGAUCGUGUACGGAAGCCUCUGAUGACAAGAGUGGUGGAAAGGGACAGCUCUGGGGCAGCACUGGUGACAGUCCGUGUCCUCAUGCUAGUCGUCGCUUUCUUUGCUGUCAUCCUGGCUUAUUUUUAGAUGUGGCAGCGCAGUGCUUGGGCUGGCACUAGAAAGUGCCAUCUAGCCACACCUUCCAACCUGACAAGACUAAACACUCAGCUUCCUACUGCACAGGAAUCAACCACAAUCUCUCUCUCUCCCUCUUUCUCUCUCUCUUUCCCUCCCUUCCUUCCUCCCUCCCCCCCUCUCCUUCUUCCUUCCCCCAUCUCUCCCUCCCUCAAUCAUUAAUCAUUAUGGUUUUUCCUUCUGUGAUACUGUUCAUUAAUUAAUUCAUCUUCCUCCCUCUCUUGAGCCUCUCAUCUCUGCCUCUGGUAAUUCCCAGAGCAUGAGCUCAGGUCCCCUGUGUCAUCUUUAUAUGUCAUUAGCAGCGUUCUUUUAAUGCUUGACUCUGUUCUGUUUCUAAUACUGUACAGCUAGACCUCGUUGGAUGGUAAACCAUCUUGAAAUGCUGCUUCCAUUAUCAAGCACACACUGGCAGACCUUGACCUUGUAAGCAGAACCCACAUGUCUAUUUCAGGAAUUCACACAGAAGGCAGUCCAGAAAGAUGAACCAUUUAGUGCUGAGGGCUGGAAGUCCAAAAUCGAGGGUGCGGACAGUGAGGAAUUCCUAGCUUCAUGAUUAAUACAGUGAGGGUAUCGCAUAGGCAAAACAGAAACUAUUUCAUUAGCUAAGCUCCGACAUGUGGCACAUGCUGAAUAAAUACUCAUUUAUGUUUAUGAAAUAAGGUGACAUCUCUAAGUCAAUCUAAUAAAUAACUGAAUCCAUAGAA